AUGGCAACUCUCGCACGCGCCGUAAGGGGCCUAGCUCGACCGGCACACAGCCGCCUCUGCACGCGUGCUCUCCCGCUGCGCGUCCAGGCUCUCUCGACGCUAUCGCCGCGCACACUGUCGACAGCCGCCGCGGCGAUUGACGAGGAAGCCGAGUGGGCGGCCGCCUUCAAAGACGCGACGGACGCGUUCUCGGGCGAAGAUGGUCACGAAACUUCGGCUCAGCGCAUGCGCGAGCUCGUGAAGAGCGGUUUAUUACGCCACACGGAUCUAAGAGAUCGCCCGGACCGCUUCUUCGAAGCCCAUAGAUUGCUGGCUCGUAGAGCCGUCUCGGAAGGGCCUGGAUUUUGGAUUCGUUUUACCGUGCACUACAACCUGUGCUACGGCACGGUCCUCGCCGUAGGGAAUGACGACCAGAUCGCGGCGUUGGAUAAUGUUGAGGCAGCCGGUAUGCUUGGCUGUUUUGCCCUCACCGAGAAGCGGGCGGGCGUUCAAUCAGGCUUAGUUGUCGAGACCACGGCGACCUACGAUAACGGAGAGUUCGUGCUCAAUUCGCCGAACCAGGGCGCCUUCAAGAACUGGAUCUCGCAGGGUCACGUCGCGGACCAGGCGGUCGUGCUGGCCGACUUGACGGUCGGUUCCGAGCGCGUCGGGCCACACGCGUUCCUCGUGGACAUGGCCUCGCCUGGCAUCAGCACCGGAGACAUGGGCGUCAAGACCACGGGUAACGAUCUGGACAAUGCCUGGAUUGCCUUCGACGACGUGCGCGUGCCGCGCUCGGCGCUGCUGGACGCCCACUGCGAUGUCUCUGCCGAUGGCACCUAUGCUCGCACUACCGAAGGCAUCGCGCGGUCCGGUGCUGCAUUAUAUCGCUUCGAACACGCCAUCGACGCGUCUGCUCGAUGGCGUGAGGGUAACACCCGCAGGCGCCUUUCGAGAUGAUCGGCCAGCGCCUCUACACGGGCCGCGUCGCCGUCGCGCAAGCCGCUCUAGCCUUCCGCCGCCAGGUCUUCGAAGUCACUGAAGCCUACGCUAAGCAAAAGCCGAUUCCCGACGUCGCCGGCCGCAAGGGCCGCGUGCUGGCGGACAUCCCGCAGCUCCGAGCUUUGUUCGCCGACGCGUCGAAGCGGGCCGACGCGCUCGAGGCGUUCGUGGGGACGUGCGAAGAUCGUCUCGCGCCGUUGCUCAAAACGGGCGCGGUGCCCGACGCCGGACUGGCUCUGGCGAUCGCCACGGCGAAGGUCCGCGCCGUCGAGGACUCCAUCGACGCCUGCUGGCAGCUGAAGCAGGAGGUCGGCUCCUACGCGCUCAUGGGCGACUCUGGGUUCAAGCACCUGGACUUCCUGAACUGCUGUAAAUUUGCCGAGGGGGACAGCCGCGUGCUCGCCCAGAAGAUGGCUCGGGACGUCAUGCGCGUCUACGCAAAGACUGGUGACGCGGGUGACGCGGAGUCGACGCGCCUCGCGGCGGACCUCGCCAAGGCGCUCGCGCCGGCCGGCGGCGACAAGGUCGCGACGGCGGAUCUCUGGGACGAGAACUUCGAGAAGGUCUACGCGCUCGCGGAUGCCGUCAUGGACCGCGUCGUCGCCGAGGCGUGAAUACAUCGCUUCUGUAGGGUUAAGAGGCGCUUGUUUGUACUUCCAUGCAUACAGACCCAUCUGUACGUGCAUAAACAGCUCCCCCGAUUCAGCAGCUAGCGGUAACACACUAGCAAUCAUCGGGCCGCUCGCGGGCCGCGCCUUUGUCUUUGUGGGGCAAGCUGCGCCUCAAACGAGCGUCGCUCGUCCAUCUGUUUCAAGCGCUGCGAGCGCUGAGCAACGCGCGGGCUCGGCCACGCUCCGCAGCGAGUAGACGACCACUGAGCCUAGCUGAGCUAGCGCGCCGGCGCCGCGUGCCAGCCGCGCCCACAACAGAAUGAGCGACGCCGCGGCCCCCGCGCCCGCCGAGGCGCCGUCGACGCCGGCGCCGCCCGACGCCGACGCCGACAUGACCGACGCGCCGCCGUCCGAGGCCCCGGCGCCCGCUGCUCCGGAGGAGGAGGUCGACGAGGCCACGCGGGAGCGACUACGAGCCCUCGACGGGUUGAGAGCCAAGAUCGCCGAGCACAAGGAGGUCGAAGCCAAGCUCAAGGAGGCGCGCGCUUCCACGAAAGACUUAGUCAAAGAAUUUGAAGAUACGGAGAACGCCCUCAACGCCCUACAGUCCGUCGGUCAAAUUAUUGGAGACGUCUUGCGAAGACUCGACGAAGAGCGCUUCAUCGUCAAGGCGUCGAGCGGUCCCCGCUACGUGGUAGGCUGUCGGAAUAAAUUAGACAAAGAGAAGUUGAAGCCUGGUACUCGUGUUACCUUGGACAUGACGACGCUCACGAUCAUGCGCGCUUUACCUCGCGAGGUCGAUCCCACGGUCUACCACAUGCUCAACGAAGAUCCCGGUGGGAUAAGUUUCGGGGAGAUCGGUGGUCUCGGUGAACAAGUCCGAGAAUUGCGGGAAGUCAUUGAAUUGCCUCUCACAAAUCCUGAAUUAUUUGUUCGAGUCGGCAUCAAGCCCCCGAAAGGUGUGUUACUGUAUGGCCCGCCCGGCACGGGCAAGACACUACUCGCACGAGCGUUGGCGUCGAACAUCAACGCUACUUUCUUGAAGGUGGUAGCUUCCGCGAUCGUCGACAAGUACAUCGGCGAGUCCGCGAGAGUAGUGAGGGAGAUGUUCGGCUUCGCCAAGGACCACCAGCCGUGCGUCAUCUUCAUGGACGAGGUCGACGCGAUCGGUGGCAGUCGUUUUAGUGAAGGUACCUCCGCCGAUCGAGAGAUCCAGCGGACGUUGAUGGAAUUGCUCAAUCAAUUAGAUGGGUUUGAGCAGUUGGGCCAGGUGAAAAUGGUCAUGGCGACGAAUCGCCCGGACAUCCUGGACCCCGCUUUGCUCAGACCUGGCAGACUAGACCGGAAGAUCGAGAUCCCGUUGCCGAACGAAGCCGCGCGCUUAGAUAUCCUCAAGAUCCACGCGGGACCCAUCACGAAGCGCGGCGAGAUCGACUACGAGUCCGUCUGCAAACUGGCCGACGGGUUUAAUGGCGCCGACCUCCGAAACGUCUGCACGGAGGCGGGCCUCUUCGCGAUUCGGUCCGACCGCGACUAUGUCUUGGAGGAGGACUUCAUGAAGGCGGCGCGCAAGAUCGCCGAGGUGAAGAAGCUCGAGUCCAAGGCGGAGUACGCGAAGCCCUAG